CCCGCCUCCCGGUGCAUUGUGGAGAGUGAGUCACGGAUGGGGAACCUAGACUUGGGGACCGGGCGAGAGCUCCAGGUCAGCCUUCGAGGCAGCGGCUGCCGGAGAUGCAGGCGGCAAGGAUGGCCCCUAGCGUGGGGCGGCAGCUGCUGAGGUUGGGUGGCGGAAGCUCGCGGCCCAGCGCGCUCCUGGGGCAGCCCCGGCCCGGCCCUGCCCAGCGAUCCUAUGCCAGUGGGGCCACUCAGGCUGUUCUGGACAAGUCAGAUUCCGUCUCCUCUGAGACUUCGACCAGUGGAAAACAGGCCAAGGCGGAAUCUAAGUCGUUUGCUGCGGGGAUGUUCAAGGGCCAGCUCACCACAGACCAGGUGUUUCCAUACCCAUCCGUGCUCAAUGAAGAGCAGACCCAGUUUCUCAAAGAGCUGGUGGGACCUGUGUCCCGUUUCUUUGAGGAGGUGAACGAUCCUGCCAAGAAUGACAUGCUGAAGCAGGUGGAGGAGACCACUAUGCAGGGCCUCAAGGACCUGGGGGCCUUUGGUCUGCAAGUGCCCAGUGAGCUGGGCGGCGUGGGCCUCUGCAACACCCAGGUCAAGCCUUGCUGUGUUGCUCACACUUUUCUGCUAAGGGCAGGUCCCCAUGCAGCCAGUUACGACCUCAGAUGCCCGCUUCCCCUCCAGUACGCCCGCUUGGUGGAGAUCGUGGGUAUGCACGACCUUGGCGUGGGCAUCACUCUGGGGGCCCAUCAGAGCAUCGGUUUCAAAGGCAUCCUGCUCUUUGGCACGAAGGCUCAGAAAGAAAAAUACCUCCCCAAACUGGCAUCUGGGGAGACUAUAGCUGCUUUCUGUCUAACCGAGCCCUCGAGUGGGUCUGAUGCAGCCUCCAUCCGAAGCUCAGCUGUGCCCAGCCCCUGUGGAAAAUAUUAUACCCUCAAUGGAAGCAAGAUUUGGAUCAGUAAUGGGGGCCUGGCAGAUAUCUUCACAGUCUUUGCCAAGACACCAGUUACAGAUGCAGCCACAGGAGCCGUGAAGGAGAAGAUCACAGCUUUUGUGGUGGAGAAGAGCUUUGGAGGUGUUACCCACGGACCCCCUGAGGAGAAGAUGGGCAUCAAGGCCUCGAACACUGCAGAGGUGUACUUUGAUGGAGUACGGGUGCCGUCAGACAACGUGCUGGGUGAAGUGGGGGGCGGCUUCAAGGUCGCCAUGCACAUUCUUAAUAAUGGAAGGUUUGGCAUGGCUGCGGCCCUUGCAGGCACCAUGAAGGGCAUCAUUGCUAAAGCGGUGAGUACUCUGCCUGAGUCCCUAGCUAGCCUGAAUCUAAAUCCCACUGUCCCCCUUUCCAGGUAUCCCUCUUCCCUUGCAGGCACUCCCUCCAUGAGAGACCCCUCGUCCACCAGCAGCUCCAGACCAGAUAGCUUACGUUUCCCUCCAGCGUGGACUGAACUCUUGGCUGUGGCCAUAGUCCCUCCCUCCAAGCCCAGCCCCACCCCUUCCUGGGGAGAGGAGACUAGAGAACCACAGUGGGAUACACGUGUCCUCUUCCAGGUGGAUCAUGCUGCUAAUCGUACCCAGUUUGGGGAGAAAAUUCACAACUUUGGGAUAAUCCAGGAGAAGCUGGCCCGGAUGGCUAUGCUACAGUAUGUGACUGAGUCCAUGGCUUACAUGGUGAGUGCCAACAUGGACCAAGGAUCCACGGACUUCCAGAUAGAGGCUGCCAUCAGCAAAAUCUUUGGCUCGGAGGCAGCCUGGCAGGUGACGGAUGAAUGCAUCCAAAUCAUGGGAGGCAUGGGCUUCAUGAAGGAGGCUGGGGUAGAGCGCGUGCUCCGAGAUCUUCGCAUCUUCCGGAUCUUUGAGGGGACGAACGACAUUCUCCGGCUGUUUGUGGCUCUGCAGGGCUGUAUGAAUAAAGGAAAGGAACUUUCUAAGCUUGGCAGUGCUCUAAAGAAUCCUUUUGGGAAUGCCGGCCUCCUGCUAGGAGAGGCAGGCAAACAGCUGAAGCGGCGGGCAGGGAUGGGCAGUGGUCUGAGUCUCAGUGGAAUCGUCCAUCCGGAUUUGAGUCGGAGCGGUGAGCUGGCAGUGCAGGCUCUGGAGCAGUUUGCCACCGUGGUGGAGGCUAAACUGAUAAAACACAAGAAGGAGAUUGUCAAUGAACAGUUUCUGCUGCAGCGUCUGGCAGACAGUGCCAUUGACCUCUAUGCCAUGGUGGUGGUUCUGUCCAGGGCCUCAAGAUCCCUGAGUGAGGGCCACCCCACAGCCCAGCAUGAGAAAAUGCUGUGUGACAGCUGGUGUAUUGAGGCUGCAGCCCGGAUCCGGGAGACCAUGGCUGCUCUGCAGUCUGACCCCCAGCAGCAGGAGCUCUUCCGUAACUUCAAAAGUAUCUCCAAGGCCUUGGUGGAGCGGGGUGGCGUGGUCACCAGCAACCCCCUUGGCUUCUGAACACUCGCAGCCAGGGCCUGGCCCGGAAUGUGCCUUCUCUCAAGCCAAAGCCCAGGCCCCUUUCUUGCAGGCCUUGGUUCUGCCUUGAAGGGGCCCUUGCCCCCAGACCGUGCCUGCUCUCACAGGGAGCAGUUACUGCCUCACAAAUAAAGUUCGUAAGGAGUCAUGCUUUG